AGACGCCAAGUCCAGACUACAGGUUCUGUACGAGGCCGUCCGUUAACCGAGACAUCCAGUCCAUGAUCCAGGUCUACGCCGAGGGGGUGGACCUGCAGGAGUCCCUCCCACAGCCCAACGAACACGAACCCGGAGAGACGGUGCUCCACCUGGCGGUCCGUAUGGUCGACAGGAACUCCCUCCACAUCGUGGACUUCCUCGCACAAAACAGCGUGAACCUGGACCAGCAGACGUCCCGGGGGAGCACGGCCCUGAGCUACUGCAGCCUGACGGACAGCAGCGAGUGUCUGAAGCUGCUGCUGAGAGGAAAAGCCUCCAUGUCCAUCGCCAACGAAGCGGGAGAAACGCCGCUGGACAUCGCCAGGCGCCUGGGACACGCCCAGUGCGAGGAGCAGCUCAUUCAGGCUCAGACGGGGAAGUUCAACGUCCACGUCCACGUGGAGUACGAGUGGCGUCUCCAGAACGACGACAUGGACGAGAGCGAGGACGAGAUGGAGGACAAGCCGAUCCCCUACCGGCACGAGGAGCGUCCUGUCAGCUGCUUCCUGCCCGCCAGCGGCGCCGUGCAGCCCAACCUGGCGUCUUUAGCCCGAGACGCCGCCUGCCUGGCGAGGGACAAACAGAGGCCUCCGGCGCCAAGCACGAUGAUCAGCAACGAGACCUACGGCACCGUGCUGGACCUCAACUUGCCCCCGAAGGGGCCGACGCCGGCGCUGCCGCCCCGAGGGCCCCAGAGAGGUCAGACGCUGAUUGACAGACCUGAGGAUCGUAUCUGUCUGCAGGUCCGGGACACAAUAAGCCCGUUUGCCAUGGAAACCUGCGGGAGACAGCGGUCGUCCUCUGACCCCCUCAACCCCCAGACCCCUGAAAGGAACUCCUCCAUGUACGUGCUCCCAGUAGCUCCUCCCCCUCCAGUAAACAAGAGGUCCAGCAUGUUGGAGACCAAGACGCUGCACUCCAGGAACACCCCCCUGCCCCCCCUGCCAGUCCCACCAGCACCGCCCAUCCCCUCACCACCGCAGUACAAAGCUCCGCCCCUGCCCCCACCUGUCCCCCUCCACAGGACCAGCAGACCACCGGGACCACCAGGACCCAGGUCCCCGAAAUCACCCACCGGAUCGGUGAAGCGUCCUCCACAGAGACCUCCGCUCAGGACCCCGUCUGUGAACCAACCAGGGUCACAGUCCAAAUCCUCCCAAAGCUCCGGUCCUCCGACACCCAAACCCAGGAGCACCUUCUCCAAGCAGAAGCUGCAGAGGGUGAAGGCCAUCUACAGCUGUUGUGCUGAUAAUCCAGACGAGCUGACGUUCUCCGAGGGGGAGGUGAUCGUGGUGGAGGGGGAGGAGGACAGCGAGUGGUGGGUGGGUCACGUGGAAGCGGAGCCCAGCAGGAGGGGAGUGUUUCCCGUCACCUUCGUCCACUUCAUCACAGAGUGACAGAGAGAGAAGCCCCGCCCCCUCGCUGCUCACCUGUACGGGACAACGCCCAGAGACCCAAACAGGACCUGGGAGUCUCCCCCACAGAACUGUGCAGUUAAUUCUGCCCCCUCAACCCGUCAUAGAUUCACACGUUUAUCAUCAAGGAUUCACGUCUUCAGCAGGAACCAAUGGGCUUGAAGCUGAGGCACGGACAGGAAGUCGGUCCGUCUCUUUAUGUAGACCUGCAGGGACGACGUCACGUUUGUUCCUGCAGAUUCUUCACUAUGAUUCUGGAUAAUUAUCUUAAAUGCAUCCUGAUAAUCUUUGUAAAGUUGAAAGGAAACUAAUUUCAUUAGUAAACAUCAGCAGUUUUAUGAAUAUCAUGAGUCUGUGUGUGUGUGUGUGUUUAUUUGAACCUGUUGCCUGAAGGGACAUUUCAUCAUCUUAUUAACACACAGUGUCAUUAAAGGACUGAAAUAAUCCUUUAA